AUGACGACAGGUCGUUUCAAGUACAUCGAUCCCACAUCGUAUGUCGACAGCGACGUGCCGUUCGUGAAGCCGUGGAACAAGGUCGAUGGUCCCGGUUACUCGUUCAAACUGACCGAUGAUGAGCGGCCGGUGGAAAACAUUCGUGGACAAGAGUCCAAGUUCUCUGUCGACACCUCCGGCUUUGCGGUAUUCAACUCUCCUGCGCAAGAGAAGGAUUUCACAGACGAAACCAAAGUCCGAGAAGGGUACUAUGCCGAGGUAGAGGCUUUGCUGCGGGAGAAGUUGCCCGGCGUCAAGAAAGUGGUGUUCUUCGAUCAUACGAUCAGAAGGAGAGAGAAGGCCUCUCCUCGCCAACCUGUACAGCAAGUGCAUGUUGAUCAAACACCCAACGCGGCAGCCGUACGGGUGCGGAGACAUUUGCCAGCAGAAGAGGCAGAGGAGCUGCUCAAGGGCCGCUACCAGAUCAUCAAUAUCUGGCGACCGAUAGCGAACCCGGCGUCCGACUUCCCCCUCGCGGUCAUUGACUACCGAACAACGGAGCCCUCGGACCUGAUCAAGGUCGAUCUCCUCUACCCGAAACGGCAAACCAAUGGAUUCCAUGACGAUGACGACCGGGGCAAGGAAGUCCUCCCGGACCCGAAUUCGAUCACAUCCACCGCUGGGUACGAGGUGAAGGGCGAGACCUUCGCGGUUCGGCCCAACGACAAGCACAGGUUCUUCUACAUGAAGGACAUGACGCCCGACGAGGUCAUGUUCAUCAAGUGUUUCGACUCGUUCAGCGAGGUCAACGGCGGCAAGAAGGGCAUCGCUGCAUAUACGCCGCAUACGGCCUUUGUGGAUCCACAGACACCCGCGGACGCGCCUGGCAGGCAGAGCAUCGAAGUGAGAUCUCUGGUCUUUUACGAAUAA